CCGCCGGAGAGGAAGGGGCCGGCGGCGCAGUCGGGCCUCGGCGGUCAACAUGGGUGGCGGCGACCUGAACCUGAAGAAGAGCUGGCAUCCACAGACGCUGCGUAAUGUGGAAAAAGUUUGGAAGGCUGAACAGAAACAUGAAGCUGAACGGAAGAAAAUUGAAGAGCUGCAGCGAGAGUUGCAUGAAGAGCGAGCACGAGAGGAAAUGCAGCGAUAUGCAGAGGAUGUGGGCGCUGUCAAAAAAAAAGAUGAAAAACUGGAAUGGAUGUACCAAGGACCUGGAGGCAUGAUGAACAGAGAUGAAUAUCUUAUGGGCCGUCCAGUUGACAAGUAUGUCUUUCAAACAGUGGAAGACAAGGAAGCACACUCUUCUGAGACUGGCCUUCUGCCUGGCUCUAUCUUUGCCUUCACGGGUGCCAAUUCUUCCUUGGAAAUGGCCAGCAAAAUUCGAGAAGAUCCACUUUUUAUGAUAAGGAAGAGGGAAGAAGAGAAGAAGCGUGAAGUUCUGAACAAUCCUGUAAAAAUGAAGAAGAUCAAAGAACUGUUGCAAAGCAGUUUGGAGGAGAAAAAGAAGAAGAAGAAAAAGAAAAAGGAGAAAAAGAAAAAGCACAAAAAACACAGGCAUCACAGUUCUAGCAGCAGUGAAAAUGAACAGAUUAAAGCCAGGUCACAGGAGAAAACAAGCAGUUCUGUGGAAACUCUUCAUUCCAAAAUGCCAGGAUAUGGCUUGCAGGUUCGAGAAACCUUUCCCCACAAACUCCAACAGAGUUCGAGAUCGAAGAGUCAGUACCUGUCACCAGAGAGGCACUCUGGCAAGAAGAGUACAUAUCAGGUGGAGUUCAGUCACAGGAGGUCAAGGUCACCCAGACAUGAUAAACAGUACAAUAGCAAGGAACAGAAGGCAAAAGCAGGAGUCAGGAGUCCUUCUCCUAAGAAAGAAGGCUAUAGAAGACAGCUUACUUCAAGAAGAAAACUCUCUGCAGAAGAGCUGGAGAGAAAACGUCAAGAAAUGAUGGAUAAUGCUAAGUGGCGGGAAGCUGAAAGGAUGAAUAAUGUGAACAGACAUAGAAGAGAAGAGGAACGAGAGCGAGCCCAAGAGAAACUCAGUCAUUGUGAUGGGAAGUUCAUACACCACAUCAAACUGGAAAGUGCAUCCACCUCCUCCCUUGAAGACAGAGUCAAGAGGAAUAUUCACUCUAUCCAAAGGACUGCAGCAGCCCUGGAAAAAAACUUUAUGCAAAGAUGAGAUUAUUAAGUCUUCCUUCAUUGGACUACUGAGGACUUGCAGAUCUGGGAUGCUUUUUCUCUUUUAGAGUAGGUUGGGAUGUGGGCAAUGGGAGAAUGGCUGUACAGCAAAACAUUCCUGAAACCUUCACAGCCCGGACCAUCUUUUCUCUCUCUGUGAGAGGCCUGUCUCUGAACAUCAUGAGGGAAUUCACUGUGAUUUAUUGCUACAAACAGUGCAUGUACAUGUGUGGGUAUGUUUAAAGAAUUAGGAUAUUUUCAGGCCAUUUGACAAUAAGCACUGAUGUUUAUUUGAUGCUGUAAGAUGUAGGCAAGGGGCAUCAGAUAGUGGAAAAGCACUUAAGUUCCCAUCCAGAGUUGGCAUUACAGGUAAGCAGAAGUAGGGUGACAGAAGAGACUGAUUUACUUCUCAUGGCAUUUUGAUGUAAGGAGCACAGCCAUCAAAAAGCACUGGCUUUUCAUUGGCUGUUACAGUUUUUGCUCCCUUUCAGGUUGUUAAAAACUUGGACUUUGUUUAAAUUCAAACUAUAGUGAUGCUGGGGCUUACAAUUCUAUUUUGUUGAGUUGUUUCUCCACUGACACAAAGAACGUGCUCAACUCUUUAGCCCAGUUGUAUCUUGGAACUUCUAAGGACUUUGUGCUGCACAGCUAAUACUAUAAGGCAGGUGCAGGCAACUUGUGACCCUCUGAAUAUUUUGUUCCACAGUUCCAAUCAGUCCUAGUUAGCUUAAUCAAUGAUGAAAGAUCAUGGGAGUUGUAGGCCAAAAGAUCUGGAGAGCCACAUUUUACCCAUCCCUGCAAUAGGGACUGAGUUUGUUUCCUAAAAAGCAAGUUUUUUACAAAUAUUUUAAUUGGAAACGUGCACACUUUUAUACAUGUACAUGAAACCACUUCUUAAAGGCAUAAAAGCAUACCUGGCUAAAUGUCUGCAUUAAUACCUUUAAUACAGCAAUCUUCUGUGCAUUAUUCUUUGGUGACAUGUAAAAUGUUGAAUUUUGUAUAUUUGGCUGGCAUUUAAUUUUUUAAGAAGCUGCUUAACAUUUCCCCCUUUAACUAGCUGUUUGUACUGUAGGCCAUCAAAAUAUUGUGCAAUUUCUAUAAAACUGAAGAGAAAUGUGCAGCAGUUGCAAAAAUACGUAAACCCAUUUGGUAAUAGCAAACCACCCUCCUUACAAAGACAACCACCAUCCCAAUUCUAGUGCUCUCUGACAGCUCUGGAUAAGGUACAAAGAAGUAUUCAAGAGAAGUGGGGGAGGUAUAUGUUCCCCUCAGACACCUCAGGAAAUGUUGGAAGAGAGGGAGAGCAACAGAUAUGGCAGUUUAGACUAUUUGCCCUAUUCUAAACUCCCAUCAGAACUGGGACUUUGGAAGUACAAUGUUUUUGUAAAAUAUCUCUUAACAGUGUUGCUCCAGCAAAUACUAAAUAUUAGGAAAUGGUUACUAAAUAUCUCUUAACAUCUGUUUGUUUUUGUUCAUUGUACAAAUGUUUCCAUUUAAAUUGGGGGAAAAUAUGCAGAGGCUGCUUUGUUUUUUCAUGUAACUAGAUAUUUAAUAGUAAAAGAGUUCUCUUUGAAAUAA